AUGGAUUUGCAAGCAAUUUUAGACGCGACCGACUCCUCGUCCGACGAAGAUGGAGAUGCCGAAGUUUAUCAAUUGCCCAACAUGGGAUUGAAUAUCCCACCUCCUUCUCCUGCUCGACGUCUUAACAAUACGGCGGCGGCGGCAAGAGCAAUGACACCGCCUCGUAAUAGUAGUAAUAGUUCCAAGAAUAAUUAUUCUACCGGACCACAAACUCAAAGUAACGCACUGAGUCCAUUGAGUGCGACGGGAAUGCCAACGCCUUCCCGAGUGGAUUUGGAACAAAUUCUGAGAGAAGACGACGACGAUGAUGACGACGAUGAUGAUGAUGACGACGAUCAUAUAAUGAAUGGAUCCUUUUACAGCAGUUAUCAAGCACCCAAAUCGUCGACAACGUCCGUCCAUUCCUCAUCGCAUUAUAAUUAUACUUCCACGGCCAGUAAUCCGGAAGAUUGGGAUGUUCUGCAAGCCAUCUUGGGAGAGGAUGACGAGGAUGAUGAUGAUACAGAUGUGGUUACCUCACUCUCCGACUAUUAUCCUUCUACCACAGGAAGUGCCGCCAGCAAUAUGCAUCAUCAUCAUCAUCCGUCCAAUAAACAUGUUAACAUGCUUUUGCAACAAGAUGAAGACGAAGAUGCUCUCAUAUUGGAUCCUGCAGCAUCCUCCAAAAACAACAGGGCCCUUCAACAGUUGGAACAAAAGGAAUCCUAUGGCUAUGGAAUCGAUUCCUUUAUUACCGCUACCCAAUCAGAAGAAUCCAUGAUGUCAUCGGAUCACAACCAAAAGUCACCAUCCAUGCAACAAUAUCAAAAUCAAAAUCAACAACAACAAAAACAAAAACAACCCAUCCAAAAAGAAAACAAACUCUUUACCGAAGCUUCCUUGAAAUAUGCUCAAAAUUAUGAAAAGAAACUCUUUCGGGCUGGUCACCGAGACAUUGUUUCGCCGCUCCAAGUCAAGCGCCGCCUCAAACCAAAGAUUGAACUUAACACCAAAAUGCAGCAGCAACGACGCAAACGACAACAAUUGGCGCCAAAAGAACAAGUUGCGGCAUCCACCAAAUCCAAAUUGAAACAACCCCGGAUCAACUUUUCGGGGACGGUGGAAAAUAAGGCCAUGCGCGUCUUGUCACAAACCUUAUCUGACUUUAGUACCAGUGUCGCCAAACGAACCAAGUACAAACAAUUGGCACUUCCUACUGCCUUGGCGGUCAAUGCACGCUUUAUCGCUAUUGGACUCCAAACGGGCAUCAUUCUCGCGUUUGAUUUGUUUGAAUCCCUCCGUCAAAAAUUGGGAUUGCAUCAAACGGAACAAUUCAACGCCAAACUAGCGGGAUCGGUCACCUCCAUUGACUUGUCUCUAGAUCAAGGAGAAUUCCUAAUUGCGGGAUACACGUCCGGAUACAUUGUAUUAUGGGAUACCAUUAAAGGUGUGGCACUCAAGAGUAUCAUUGAGUCGGCCAAUCCUUCGCCCAUGACGUCGGUACGAUUCUUGACCAAUUUGAAAAUUGUCACGGUUGAUGCCGGUGGACUAGUCAACAAAGUCUCUUUUGCCAAGACCCUCUUGUGGAAUUCCUAUUCGGUGGAGACGGAAUGUCUGCUGGAUGGAACGGCGGGGCAAAUCUUGGCCAUGAAUGUCAUGGAACCCUUUGCCAUGGCCAAAUCACGAUUGUCUUCCACGGCCAAGAUGCAACAACAAAAACAAAAGAUUCCUGAAUUGUUCUCCUCCAUCGUACUCAUUGCCUUGUCGAGUGAACGGUCUUCCUUUGCCGUGGCGGUCGAACCCAAGGUCCACGUCCUUCAUCGAUGGCCCAAACCACCACCCGAACGCAUGGAAGCUAGUAUGAAGGCAGCGGCGGUGGCUGCCGCAGAACUGGAUCAAGAAGAUAUUCCACAAAUUACGGAUACCAAUCAAGUGUAUUUGCCAUGCUUGUCGUGGGGAUGGGCCUUGGUGUCGGGAGGGGGGCACGUGAUUAAUCCCAUUUUGGCACGAGCCUGGGGAUGCUGUCUACAACUACUGAGGGCGCACUUUCCAGAUACACCACCGGGGGAAGAUUUGGGAACUCAAUGGCCAGCCUUUGGAGUCCAUGAUGAGUUUGACGCGGAUGCCCCAGUGGUAGCCCUAGAAUGGCUCAAUGAUCGAUCUCUUGUAUACUUGACAGUGCACAAUGAAUUUAAUGUCAUUGAUACCGUCAUGAUGACAUUGCUGGAACGCCUGGACUUGUCGGGACUCAAGUUGGUCUAUGCCGAGUUUUCCUUGUCUCGCAAGGUCAAUCAAGACCAGGAUCAACAACAACAGCAAGAUGCAGGCCCCGAGUCUGCAAAUAACUUUUGUACCACCUUUCAAAAUUCUGUGAGAUCCUGCGAUGAUCGACUGUUGCUACUCUGUCAAGAUGAAUUAAAGGCCGUGUCCAUUGUGGGAGCCAGAAGAAGAAUAUCUGGCUUGGAACAAGGCGGAGAAUGGCUCGAAGCUCUGGCCUUGGCCCUGGAUCACUACGAAAAUACCGUCAAGUCACAAGAAGAUAGACGUCGUCCGGGUGCCGGAAUGAAGGAUCUCACGAACCAUGCUCACUAUGGUCACGGCGCGAAGUCGGAAGACGAAGAAUGGAUUGCCAAGUUGUUGGUCCGAUAUUUGAAUAUUGCCGUAGACAAUGCCCCAGAUACCAACUCGACGGAUCUUCCACCGGAAUUCCUACAGUCGCAACUAGAAUUGGCUCAAUCGCACUUUCAAAUGCUGGCUGGUGUCUGUGUCGAAUUUUGUGUUACAACCAAGAGACUGGAUCUUUUGUUUGGUCCCAUUUUCAGCCGCUUUGCAUCCGCUGGGUUCCUAUCUACUUUUCUGGACGUUCUCGAACCUUACAUUUUGAACGACAAAUUAGACUAUAUUGCGCCAGAAGCCAUGGCUCACUUUGUGGAGCAUUGCAAGGCGACGAAUGGUAUUACAACAGUGGAACGAUGCUUGUUGCAUAUGGAUGUCACCAUUAUGGACUUUGAUUCCAUUCUUGGACUACUCAAGGUCAAUGAAAUGUACUCGGCUCUCUUUUACAUUUUCAACAAGGGUCUCAAUGACUACACCACUCCAUUGGAAGUCUUGUCGGAACGAAUCUUCGAUGCAGCAGAUACUGUUUCAAUGUCUCUGGAACGCAGACCUGACGGUGUACCGCAAAAUGAUUUUGAACGUUAUGGUUACAAGGCACUCUUGUACAUUCAGACUUGUUUCCGCGGUAGAUAUUUUCCGCAAGGCACCGACAUGCCGGACGAUUUGGUGCACACAGUCCGUCCACAACUUUUGGAAUUGCUAGUACAGAAGCACUACGUCCACCGCCACUCUCGCCGAAGGAAAGAAUUGAUUGGUCAACGGGCAAUGAAUUAUCCCUAUGCACAUGUUCUCCUACUAGUUGACCACGAAGCUCUGUUUGACACCAUGUCAAUUGCAAUGGAUGCCCCUGAUUCAGAAUUUGGAAGAAUGGAAACGGACAGCAUGGGAGACUGGGAAGAGGAGGAAGCAGCGGCGAGGAGGAAGCGGUCCACAGAACGUCAGGAUAUCAUUCGCAUGUUCAUGUCGCUUCUCAUUCCAGAAAGCAGCGAAAGCAUUUCUCACCAGAGUGAUCUUUUUCGCUCCAAGCCUGUGGUCGAUUCGUUUUUGGACUUUUUGGCAGAUUAUCUGGUGAAGGGUGUUGUUUCGGCAAACCAAGCUGUGACAUUUAUGAUACUGAAACGAAUGGCAGAGCGAUACCAAUCUUCCAAGAAUUCCAACGAGCAGCAAGCUUCGCAAAGUCGUAUAUUGAAGUUGUUGACAGCUUUGCCUCGCACCGCUUAUGACGCAGAGGAGGUUUUGGAACUGAUGCAAGGGGCUGGAAUCCACCGUGCUGCUUUGUUGAUGCACCAAGAAGGAGCGUCCUAUUGGGAGGGUUCUCGGGAUUUGGAAAAGCGAGCAAAACACUUCCGUGCCGCAAUCGACUGCUACCUUGGAGAUGCUGAUAUCAACUUCCGAAAUGGAGUCUUUGCCUAUGUGAAGAAGGAGUGUUCGGCAGCUCCAGACGCAGACGAUGAAGAGGGAAAUUCUACAAUAGAAGAUGAUCAACCAAUUACUAUGCGAGAAUCACUUUCGUCAAAACUAACGGAUUUGGUGAAUCUUGAUGCACUGCUAACGGCUGAGCUCGUUGGCGAGUUGUUUGUGGAUGAUAUUGACCGAGUCAUCGCAACACUGAAUACAGAAGAGACUCGAUUCAAAUUUCUCCAAGCCAUCAUUUCUGGGGAAUUGGACAAGAUGGACUCAGUAUCGGGUGCGGUUCUGAAUUCGCAUCUAACGAUGGAUCACCACCACCUCUACCUGGCGCUUAUGACAAGGCUCCAUCCGGAAUCGGUCUACGAAUACCUAUCAUCUCAUGACAACUACAGGCCUGAGGAUUGUCUCAAGCUCUGUCAGAAACAUGAAAUUGCAGACGCAUCUGCAUACUUGUUGGAGAGGAUGGGGAAUGUUUCCAGCGCUUUGCAACUUAUCCUUCAAACCUUGGAGAGCAGAAUGAUGAAUCUGAAGAGAACUAUUCGCGGUAUGGGGACCGAAGCUAUCAAUUUGUUCAAUGCAAGAAAUUCUUCGAAACGAUGGAGAAAAUCUGAGACUCCAAUGCCAGCAUCAUACAAGAAGCAAGAAAAAGAAAUUGACGGGGUCAAGCGCAUCUUGGUUGUUGCACUGGACGUCUGUGAGCGCAACUCUGGGAACUUCUCUAAUCGUACCGAGCACGGAUCUCAAUUGUGGUUCAAUGUACUAGACCGCCUGAUCAAUGCCAAGGGAUUCUUGCGAUUGUCAAAGGAGCAGCCAGGCCAUGCGAAAGUCAUGGCUGGUGUCUUGAGCGAAUUGCUCCGAAUGACUAUGCAACGUAUGGUUUCAAGUGUUCCUCUUCCUGAUUUGGUGCGCAAAGUAACUUCUGACCACUCUGGCAGCCGCCUCGGCGAGCUCCGCGAAAUGAUUGAAAGCCUUCUGGAAACCUACGGACUGGAGCUGAAGGUAUUCAAUCGAUCGGCCAAUAUAUUCAAGUACGAUUCUCAACAAAUGCUGAAGAUGAAUCGCGACAUUCGUGUCGAGGGCUCCAACGUUAGAAAGAUUAUGAAUAUUACAUUGAACAACGAGAACCGGAACAACCAGACAGUGGAGACAAUUUCUGGUCAAGAUAAUGUCUUGCAACUUGUGGAGCGAGGAAACGCUGUCGUUCUCGAAAAUUCCUUCCGUUCCAGGAGUCAACAGAAGACAGGUCCAGGACUUGGCAAUGCCCUAUCACGGCUGCGAUCAAGACGUAGCACAGCGAGCCAAUCGUCGGCUGCAUUGAGAGAGUCUGUCGCAACUGGCUUGAACUAUAUGACAGUAGAGGAUGUUGCUCACAGUAAGGGGGCAUAUGACCCAGAUGCCAUGUAUUUCGAUGAUCGCAUGGCUGGAGUCCUUGGCGAUGCCGAACAUCGUGGCCGCCUGAUGAGUUUCAUGUACUAA